CUUCUCUCUCUCUCUCUCUCUCUCUCUCUCUCUCUAUGUUAUGUUCAUCCCACAUCAAGCAACCAGAACAGGAUCGUAAUCCUUUCCGGAGUUAUCUGAAUGGGGAACUCUAAAUUAAUUUACUUAAUUUGUUCCCUUUUCGUGGUUGUGUUUCUCCGGACAUCCCACAUCUGUGUGGAAGCCCAACAAACGUAUCUGGACAACAAGCAGCUCAAUUGCUCCAACGACGUAAACUUCACGGAUGGCUACUCUUGCAACAGCGUCCAAUCCUCCUGCGAAGCCUACCUCACCUUCCGAUCCAAUCCUCCUCAGAAUUCGCCGGCCGCCAUCGGCUUGCUCUUAAGCUCCGAUCCCUCCCUCAUUGCCGAGGCCAACAACAUCUCUAACUUUGACACAAUUCCCACCGAAACCCAGAUACUAAUCCCGGUCAAUUGCUCUUGUUCGGGUCCUUACUACCAGUAUAACACCUCUUAUAAGUUGAGCGGGCGGGGCGAGACCUACCUCACCGUUGCCAACAACACCUACCAGGGGCUGACUACCUGCCAGGCCAUGAUGGCCCAGAACUCAUACGGCGAGCGCAAUCUCACGGUGGGCUUGAAUCUAGAGGUGCCGCUCAGGUGUGCUUGCCCGACUUCCAAUCAGACGGCGGCUGGGAUCAAGUACUUGCUCACUUAUAUGGUCACCUGGGGCGAUAGCGUUUCUGCUAUUGCUGAACUUUUCGGGGUGGAUAUGCAGAGCGUACUGCACGCGAACGACCUUUCUGAGGAGAGCGUUAUAUUCCCCUUCACACCCCUUCUUAUUCCUCUUAAGAGCAAGCCCAGUAGAAUUCAGAGCACAGCCUCUCCAUCCCCUGCACCGGCCCCCCCGUCGCCCACCGCUGAUUCUGGGAAAUCCAACAAACGGUGGAUAUUCGUGGGUGUUGGCAUUGGAGCUGCUGCGUUGCUUGUCCUCUCCGCUUUUCUGCUUUGGUUCUUCUGUGGCGGUCAGUUUCACAAGAAGCCACCCCAGCCACUCCCAACUUUGGCACCACCUCUGAAGAAGCCCCCACAGUCUUCCCAUGAAAAUUCAUGGUCUAUUUCUACAGAAGGUGUUCGUUAUGCUAUCGAAUCCUUAACCGUAUACAAGUUUGAUGAAUUAGAAAAGGCCACUGGGUUCUUCGGGGAAGCUAACAGAAUCAAGGGCUCUGUCUACCGGGGAUCCUUCAAGGGUGAUGAUGCUGCUGUUAAGGUCAUGAAAGGGGACGUUUCGAGCGAGAUCAACUUGUUGACGCGCAUCAACCACAAUAACAUCAUCAGGCUAUCUGGUUUCUGCGUACACGGAGGGAACACUUACCUUGUUUACGAGCAUGCAGAAAAUGGGUCUCUCAGCGAUUGGCUUCAAUCAAACAAGCUUCAAAAUAAUACCCCUUUAACAUGGAAGCAGAGGGUUCAGGUUGCCUAUGAUGUGGCCGAUGCUCUCAACUACCUCCAUAACUAUGCCAACCCUCCCUACAUCCACAAGAACUUGAAGACCAGUAACAUUCUUUUGGUUUCCAAUUUCAGAGGCAAAGUUUCCAAUUUUGGACUGGCAAGAACAAUGGAGAAUGAAGACAACGGAGGACUCCAACUGACCAGACAUGUGGUCGGUACUCAGGGUUACAUGGCGCCGGAGUACAUCGAGAACGGAGUGAUUACUCCUAAGCUAGAUGUGUUCGCGUUUGGGGUUGUCGUAUUGGAGCUCUUAUCCGGAAGAGAAGCCGCUGCUGCCGGCAAGGAUGGAGGAGAUCGUGAGGAAUUACUAUUUACAUCCAUAAGACUGGUUCUUGAAGGAGACAAUGUCAGAGAUAAACUGCGAGAAUUUGUGGAUCCUUCUCUUGGGCAUGAGUACCCUCUGGAUUUAGCCUUCUCCAUAGCCCAGCUUGCUAAAAACUGUGUUGCGCAUGACCUCAACUCUCGCCCGGCCAUGGCAGAAGUUUUCAUGACUCUGUCCAAGAUUCUGUCGUCGUCAUUGGACUGGGAUCCAUCUGACGAGCUCGAACGUUCCACAUCAAUUGGUCAAACUCAUUCCAGAUAGAUGGCAAUUGGAAUGGCAUAUGCUCUUGCGCUCCAGAUUGAGAUGCAUAAAGCCCUGCUGUAAUCCUGUCGGGUAAUCCCAUGAUUAAUUUACUGAUCAUGAUGCAAACAUAAUAAUGGAACGUAGUAAUUGUUCUCUCUCCCUGGUUUCCAGCUUAGGAUGCGGUUCUACUCAAGUAUUUAUAUGAAUAUGAAUAUCAUGUUCUUAACGCUUUCAAAAAAAUUUUAAUCAGAUUAUUGUAUUUUAUGUCUCAUGUCCCUCCUUGUCCUUCUAAAAUAGUUCAGUGAGAUGCAACUGGGUAGACAAUUGUAUUAUGCAGAGACAAUUUUUAUUUUUUAUUUAUCCUUUUUUGAUGCA